UGAUUACUGACCUACGUUAGGUAAGAGCUACCUUGUGUAACAACCGACUGUAAAUUUAGACGUAUUUGCGUUCGUUCUCAGUGCAGAACAACGUCGGAGAGAAACCAGUGCUUCCAUCAACAGGAGAGAAUAAGUCUUAGCUGUCACUGUGAUUGUGUUAUUUCUCCCAGCCCAACAAGGUCAACCUUCGUUUGACAAAAAUGGCGUCCGUUUUGAACAAGUCGGUGGCUCUUUGGUCUGCGUCAAGACAGCCCAUGAUUGUAGCCUUACAGUUGAGCCGAGGAGCCCAGACAGCAGCAGCAGCUGCACCCCAAGAACAGCCCAGACUAAAGAAGUUCAAGAUCUACAGAUGGGACCCUGACAAGAUGGGAGACAAGCCGAGGAUGCAGGAGUAUAGCGUGGAUUUGAACAACUGUGGCCCCAUGGUUUUAGAUGCUCUCAUCAAAAUCAAGAAUGAGAUUGACCCCACUCUGACCUUCAGACGAUCAUGCAGAGAAGGCAUCUGUGGCUCCUGUGCCAUGAACAUUGGUGGCACCAACACUCUUGCCUGCAUCAGUCGCAUUGACACCAAACUGAGCAAGGCCACCAAGAUCUACCCCCUGCCUCACAUGUACGUGGUGAAGGACCUUGUACCUGAUAUGUCCAACUUCUAUGCCCAGUACAGAUCUAUUGAGCCAUACCUGAAGAGGAAGGAUGGCAUACAACAGGGAGAGGAGCAGCUCUUCCAGAGUGUGGAUGAUAGAGCAAAGCUGGACGGCCUGUAUGAGUGUAUCCUGUGUGCGUGUUGCUCCACCUCCUGUCCCAGCUACUGGUGGAACGGAGACAAGUACCUGGGUCCCGCCGUGCUGAUGCAGGCCUACCGCUGGAUGAUUGACAGCAGAGACCAGUUCCGUAAGGAGCGUCUGGAGAAGCUGCAGGACCCGUUCUCCGUGUACCGCUGUCAUACCAUCAUGAACUGCACCAAGACUUGUCCGAAGGGCCUGAACCCAGGCAGGGCGAUUGCUGAGAUCAAGAAGAUGAUGGCUGGGCUUGCAUAAGUAUACACAUUAACAGGAUAUUAAUAUUAAAGAAAAUAUUGGACAUGUGUAUAUUAUAAUCUCACUUAUAAGCUUUGCACAAAGUGUUAGAGAACAUCCUCAUCUACAUUGAAUUUGUGGGAAAACUUCUUAGUUUUUACUUGAGAUAGUCUCAUGUAUUGCCUGCUUGAUGCUUAUGUCAUACACAAUAUGUAAGCUUACACAACGAUCCAAACAUGAAGUAGUGACCUCAAAAGAGUCAGUUUAUAAGGUUGCAUAAGUAGCAUUACCAUAUUAAAAGAUGGUAUCAGUCUGUAUAAAAAACACUCAGAUUUUACAUCAUCAUGUUAUGUAAAGAUAACAUGCAAGGUCAGUCAUACUGAAAUAGUCCUUUCCAUAUUUAGCCCCACCUUCAUUCAAACAGUGUUACGUGUCUGUUUGAUAAACAUCACAUGCAGUGUAAGGAUUACAUUUACCAUUCAAGUCUUUGACAUGUGCUUCUGAUCAACACUGAGCUGCUUAGUGAUUUUGAAUGAAGUGGCUGUGAAAAAUUAAAAGAAAAUGUGCCCUGACUUCUGCAGCUACAAAAAUUCUGUGAUGGAAUAAAUGAAAGUUGCUGUUCUUGGUGAA